ACAAAAGUGUGUGACUAGAUCGGGUCUGUCACGGUCCACGCAGGAUGCAGCACCUUUAUUUUCGUCUUCAUUCAGCUUUUUCGUACUUUUAUCACUUCGAUUCAAACAAAAAAUUUAUGCUUUUCUAAAAAAAAGACACAAACCUCACUAUCAAUGCCGCUCUUGCAUCGUUUCUGAUUCUGAGGGAGAGAAAAAGAGAGAGAGAGAGUGAAAGUGAAGAGACGGACAUGGAAGGAGGAGGAGCUGCGCGCUACAACCCUCGAACUGUCGAAGAAGUCUUCCGAGAUUUCAAGGGUCGUCGAGCUGGCAUCAUCCAAGCUCUCACCACUGAUGUGGAAGAUUUUUUCCAGCAAUGUGAUCCUGAGAAGGAUAAUCUUUGCUUGUAUGGAUUCCCUAAUGAAGUUUGGGAAGUUAACUUACCAGCUGAAGAAAUUCCACCUGAGCUUCCCGAACCUGCACUCGGCAUUAACUUUGCCAGAGAUGGAAUGCAGGAAAAAGACUGGCUUUCUCUCGUUGCUGUCCACAGUGAUGCGUGGUUGCUUUCUGUCUCCUUUUACUUUGGUUCAAGAUUUGGUUUCGAUAAAGCUGACAGGAAGCGAUUGUUCAACAUGAUGAAUGAAGUUCCUACUGUAUUUGAAGUUGUAACUGGAUAUGCGAAAAAACAAACAAUGGAAAAGCCCUCUUCAGAAAAUCAAAGUGGCAACAAAUCCAAGUCAAAUUCAAAAGUGAGAGGUUUAGAUGGCGAAAGUUUAAAGACGAUGCAGGCCAAGGACGAGGAACAAGGAUUAGAGGAGGAGGAAGAGGAAGAGCAAGAGGGAGAGGAAGAGGAAGAGGAUGAGGAUGAAGACGAACACGGUGAAACCCUGUGUGGAGCUUGUGGAAAUAACUACGCUUCUGAUGAAUUUUGGAUUGGCUGUGAUAAGUGCGAGAGAUGGUUCCACGGGCAGUGUGUGAAGAUCACUCCUGCUAGAGCAGAGCAUAUCAAGCGUUACAAGUGCCCUUCUUGCAGCAACAAAAGAGCACGACCCUAAACGUUUUAUUCGACUAAUCUUAGCUAUGUAUCUAUCUGUCUAUCCUCCAAAUUGUAUAAUGCACUUAUCUGUUUGUUGUUCAGACAUAGUUACUUAGAAGCAUGUCCAGAUUUGAUUUCUCAACCCAACUUCGUAUAACUCAAGUUGUAGUCUUUCGGUCUUUGAUAAGAUAAGUUUCACAACUGGAAAUUUCAAACAACUGGAAAUUGAAUUGUUUACACC